CGCCUCUUCUUUUAAGAACUCAUCAUCAGUGCAUCAGUGUAAGUAAAUUGCUGGUCGGCAAUCUCCCCGGCUAUACCUUGAAUGGCCUCCCCUUCCUCCAUCCCAAUAAUGCUCGCGCACCAAGAAUACAACUAUGAAGAAACGGACCAUGAAGAAACACCCACCACCUCUCUCAUCUCCAAACCCCCUUCUUUGUCAUCUCCCCUCAAGAACCCCAAAUCCCUAACACUCUUCUCUCUCAUAGUCGUUUCUUCCCUCUCCAUCUUCCUCGCUUUCCGCCUUAUCUCUCCCUCUUUCUCCCUCUCUUCUGUCAAAGCCCGCUCUCUCUCCAAGCUCCCCCAUCCCGUGGUCAUCAUCCUCUCCUUCGACGGCUUCCGCUUCGGAUACAAUCUAAAAACCUCUACCCCAAACAUCGGCCGUUUGAUCGCCGAAGGAACCUCAGCGGACGAAGGUCUCAUCCCCGUCUUCCCUACCCUCACCUUCCCCAACCACUAUUCCAUCGCCACUGGCCUCUUCCCUCCUUACCACGGCAUAAUCAACAACUACUUCCCCGACCUUGAGAACCCAACCGACUGGUUCUCGGCCAGCAACCACGACCCAAAAUGGUGGCUCGGAGAGCCGCUCUGGCAGACCGUUGCCCGCAAUGGAUUUAAUGCGGCCGGCUAUUUCUGGGCGGGAACUGAGGUAAAAAAGGGUGCUUGGACCUGUCCUCCCAAAUUCUGCCCUAAAUAUAACUCUUCCACCCCUUUCUUCAAAAGGGUCGAUGACAUUUUGGAAUAUUUCAAUCUACCCGACAAGGAGAUUCCUAUCCUUUCAAUGGUUUACUUCGAGGAUCCGGACAGAGAAGGGCAUAUCUAUGGCCCUGAUCACCCAGAAAUCACCAAAGCUGUAGCUAACAUGGAUUCUGUAGUCGGACGAUUGAUUACUGGGUUAGAAAAAAGAGGAAUUUUUGAGGAAGUCACCAUUAUUCUGCUCGGUGAUCAUGGAAUGGCAGGCAUCUGCGAUAAGAAAUAUGUGUUUUUGAACGAAUUGGCUCCUUGGAUUCAAAUUGAGGACAAUUGGAUCAAUUCUGCAGGUACUCUGCUCACCAUUCAACCUCCAUCAGGAGUUUCUUCUGCUGAAAUUGUGCAGAAGAUGAAUGAGGGACUUAGCUCAGGAAAAGUUGGGAAUGGAGAUAUGCUGAGAGUGUAUCUUAAGGAAGAUUUGCCGGAGCGGUUUCAUUAUGCUGAAAGCAACCGGAUUCCAGCGAUAGUUGGACUUGUAGAAGAAGGGUAUACAGUGGAGUCUAAGAGGGAGAAGACGUAUGAAUGCGGAGGGUCUCAUGGUUAUGAUAACUUGCUGUUCUCCAUGAGAACCUUUUUUGUGGCUCAUGGGCCGAGGUUUGCAAAGGGGAAGAAGAUCCAUUCGUUUCAGAAUAUUGAGGUUUAUAAUCUUGUAACGGCUAUUCUAGGGUUGAAGGGAGCUCCGAAUAACGGCUCUAUAUCUUUUCCGAAUUCUGUUCUUCUUAAGAAAUAGUGUUGAAGAUGGCUACUGGGUUUGAAGAAGGGAGUACAAUAACUUCGGAUUCAAAACCUCUUUGUUGACUGUCAAAGCUCAAUAGAUCAAGAUAAGCUGAGUAUCUCUAUCUUCUGGUGUUUUCGGUACGUCUGCUAUCUGUUUCAUUUUAUUGUGUAUAUUACAAAUUUAUUCGUAGCACCUGUACAACCUCUUCUCGUUCUUGCAAUAAGACUUCUACUGUGUCAAUACUAGAAGUGUGAGAAUAACAUGGAAUAAUGAGAGGUGGUGAUCUGCAAUAUACAUACAGUUUGAAAUGUAAGCAAUCCCAUUGCUUUAUGAGUAGCAGUAUUGUAAGAUAAUUGAGAAUUCCACCCAGUAAAGAAAAUUGACCCACUUGGGCAGUGUAUCUGUAAUA